AUGUCAAGCGAAUUUAUUCACAUUCACGACAGACCGCACCAGAACUCUAAUCUUCCUAGUGUUACAAGCAAACUAUAUAAUAUAGAACGAAGAGAGUUGACGAAUGAGAGCAUUGAGCGGUUUCUCGAGUAUGAUUCCGAUGAGGAUGAGAUCGUUGGAGGCGCGGAGUCAGACAGCGAACCUGAUGAAAUCACUGACGACUUUCACCACGAUGAAUCUUCGUCAGAUUCAGAAGAUAAUCAGACUUUAGCCAGCUUACAAGCGAGGACGAGUAAUCUUCUAAAAGUGUUCGAAGUGCCCACAAGAUUAUAUGGUGCAAAUAGAUACAAGUGGAGUGGCGAAACUCCGCAAUUCUCGGGGCGUACUCCAAGACGAAAUAUAAUAUUGCACCCUCCCGGUAAUAAAGGACCUGCUAAACAAAUUUCUACAUGUUUAGAGGCUUGGUCUUUAUUUUUUGAUGAAGAUGUACUAGGACGUAUCGUGUCUUUUACUAAUGCUGAAAUCACAUUACAACGUCAAAAUUAUAACAGCGAUAGACAGAAUUACGAUUUAGACGAAGGUCCUGGUCUAACAUACCAUCUUGCACGCGGGAUACUUCAAUUUCUGAAAUAA